UCCUGUUUUGAAUAUUUUUUCUUUCAACUGUUUUUGUCUUUGGUUAAUUAUUGCCACCUGUGUAAAAGCGAAACUGUCUCAUAUUUUUCAGGUUUCAUAAACCAGCUAGCCAGCGACCAGGACAACAUGGGACCGUGUAUCCAAGAUGUCAGCUUCCUUAUCUUUGUGAUACUCACCUGUAUGUCUACUGCAGACACCGAUUUCAGCAUCAUCGUCCCUUCCCAACCCGUCGAUGUGUACGAGGGCGAUGACGUCAUCCUUCCCUGUCGCCUGUCUCCCCAGAACAACGCUGCUCGCAUGCACGUCAUAUGGUUCAGGCUGGGACAGUUUAGCUCCCCCCUGUAUGAUUUUGACAACGGGAGGGUGACUGUGGGACAGGACUACCUGGGCAGAGUGAACAUGUCCACCCAGGGGUUGGAGAAGGGCGAUGUGUCUCUGGGGCUGAAGGGAGUCCUGCUGGCUGACAGAGGAGAGUACAGAUGUCAGGUCAUCCAUCAGGAAUGGAUUAAGGAACAAGCCAUAGAGGUCCAGGUUAAAAAGAUUGGCAGUGUCCCUACAGUCUCUUUGGUUUGGCACCACAAAACCUUCAUCCAGCUGAGCUGCAGCUCUGAAUUCUGGUACCCUGAACCUCACAUGCUUUGGCUGGACCACCGUGGACAGGAAGUGACAUCAGCGCAGACGGAGGAAGCGAGACAGUCAGGUGACCUGUUCUCCAUCAGCAGUCGAGUCAAACUGGGGAAGGAGCGACUCCAGGGCAUCUCGUGUGUGGCAAUGUCACAUGACAGGAAGUACAGGCUGGAGUCUGCUAUGGAGAUGACGGAGGAGUUCUACCUCAACAGUGGUCUGGACCGGGCCUACCUGUCUGCCUACCUGAUUCCUACGUUCCUCGCCCUGGUGUUUGUCUGCGCGUCUGUUGUCUACGCCGUCCACCAAACAUCUGAGGCUGAGAAAAAACUGCAGCCCCUGUAUGAAGCAGAGGCAAAAUUAAAGAAGAAACGAGAAGAAAAUAAAAUCAAUCAAGAUGAACUAGAAAAAAAGAAAAAAAUUAUUGAAAUCACAAACAAGAUACCCGAGUCUGUUUGGGGCUUAAUGUUGGAGCACGCAGAGGACAUCACCCUUGACCCAGACACUGCACACCCAGGGCUGCGUUUAUCAGACGACAACAGGUCGGUGAGCUUCCAAGGAUCUCCACUUAAACAACUGACCAAACACAAGAGGUUUCUGGAAGCUCAGUGUGUGCUGGGAGAGAAAGGCUACACUUCAGGGAGACAUUACUGGGAGGUUGAUCUGGGAAACAACACACAGUGGAGUGUGGGAGUCGCCCAAGACCCUGAGAACAGGGGGUCGGAUAUCUCCACCCGCCCAGACAACGGCUACUGGAGAAUCCGUUUUGAGGACGGAAUGCUGCAGACUGAGAGAGAAGUGCUGCAGACUGAGAGAGAAGUUCUGCAGACUGUUGAGGAACCACAUGCUGUUCUGCCUUCAGAACUGACACCUGCUACUCUGGGAGUGUUUCUGGACAUUGAGAAUCAGAGAGUCACUUUCUUCAACGUGGAGAAGAGGUAUCACAUCCACUCCUUCUCUUUCUCUGAGAGAUCUACCAAGGAACUGUUUCCUUUCUUUGGACCUUUAGCUGGGUGUAAAAAUGAACUCAGAAUUGUGCCUGUUGAAAGAAAAGGUUAUUAGUGUCAAAGACAGACCCAAGAAGAAAUACUGCAACUACAGAAGUGGGUUCAAAGGUGAAAGGAAAAAAGUGGAUCCCAUAUUUGAAACUGUGUUUAAGAAUUUAAGGGGGGGAAAUUAUAUUGUAACUACAACAAUUCUAACAUUGAUAUAUCCUGAAUGUAUUCUAAAUGUCGCUCGCUUCAGUGCUGGUCCUAGCACAUUUGGUGCCCGAGGCAAGGUCUCACACACACACACAGACACAGACACACAUACAUACACACACUCUCUCACACACAUACAUUAUC